GCGGGCGAUGGCAGAGCCUACACUUCGCAUUCUUGGAUCUCGUCUACGUAUAAUCUUCACGAGACCGGUAGCCACAGUGUAUUUCUCCGCGUGUGUUAUUCCGAACGGCCCCUCGCCACGGCCAGACGACUCGCCGCGCGUUUCGCAAAAACAUAACAUAAUAAAAAAGAAAGAAAAACUAAAAAACAAAACAAGACCGCGAUUGAGCGAUCGGAUCGAAUCGACGCGAGUUUUCGUAAUUCGAACGCAGUUUGAAAACCGACCCGGAAGUGCUCAUAAAUGUGCAUAACUGUAUGACAUUUCUCUGUGAGUUUGCGUCCGGAAGUGUGAUAAAUGAUAAACUUAACAAUUAAUUGAUUAUAAAGUUGUAAAUCGGCGAAGGUCAAGGCGUACAGGUCUGUGUGGACCUGCACAGACACUGCUGAAGCAACAGUGGAGAGGGAACAAUGCAGACGUCAUCAUGAAUGUUUCAUAUGGACAACAGAUGUCAUGAAUAAUUUCGGGUAGCAACGAGAGUUCCAUCAUUCAAUAUGUUGGCCCCUGAUUCUUCCGAUACUAUAUCGGAAGCUAGCUUCGUGACGAGCGUGGAGGAGACCCCCCGAGUGGACCAGUGCACGCAGACGCCCCCUAGCGGCAAGUCGCGGCCGCGCACGCUGCAGCGGUACCACACGUCGGACCACCUGUACGGACCGGACCGGGCCUACGGACCGUACCGGCCCCGCAAGGACCGGGUGAAGGGCCUUGGGUUGAGUGACUCGUAUCCGAAUUUUGCGAAGCCGCCGAGCUAUGACAGCGGGUAUUCUUGCAAAUUCAAAGUGACGACAGAAAGCCCCACGAUCUCCGUGACGCCUCCUCAAAGCCUGGAGUACCUGUACCCUGCCGGCGCGGUGACUCCCAACGGCAUGGUUGGCAAGAACCCCUCCACGGCGGUGCUGCUCAGCCCCGGGUACCUGCAGAGCCCGUUUCAAUGCAACCAGUCUAUUAAGAGUGCGAGCGAGACGACGGCAGUCGCGACCGGGUCAGGCUGGGCGCCCGGCGUGCCCGACGAGUCGGCCGACGGGUCGCCCGACGGACUGUCAUGGCGGCGACUCCACAUGUCCAGAGCCAAGCUGAAGGCCACAGCUACUACUUCUGAACUACUCUCUGGCUUCGCCAUGGUAGCCAUGGUGGAACUGCAGAUCAACGAGCCCACAAACGUACCGGAAUGGCUUUUCGUGAUGUUCGCAGUCUGUACGACAGUCCUGGUCGCCGUCCACAUCUUCGCCCUGAUGAUAUCCACGUACCUGCUGCCGAACAUUGAUGCUGUUAGCAAGAUGGAGACGCCCGGAGGCCCGACCAGCGCGCUGAGGGAUUCCCCGCAUGAGCGCAUGCGAGGGUUUAUUGAGUUGGCGUGGGCGUUUAGUACGGUGCUUGGUUUGUUCCUGUUUCUGGUGGAGAUCGCCAUCCUGUGCUGGGUCAAGUUCUGGGACUACUCGUUCGCCGCCGCCACCGCCGCCACCGUCAUCGUCAUACCAGUACUGGUGGUGUUCGUGGCGUUCGCCAUCCACUUCUACCACUCGCUGGUGGUGCAGAAGUGCGAGACCUCGGUGCAGGACAUGGCGCAGCUGGAGAACAUGAAGCGGGACCUGGAUACUGCCACCGUGAAGGUCAACAUGUGCUGAAGAGGGAAUGAGAUGGAAGAUGAACAGUUUUUUUUUAUGCAUCGGGGUCAGGUGAUAGAGAUCAUGUGCUGAAGAGUGAAAGAGACGGAAGACAAAAGACAAACACUUUUACGUCGAGGUCUAGCGAAAUUAAUGGAUAGUGUUGGAGUGUGGUUAUAAGUUGUGAGCAUAUUUUGGUGCUGCUGUGGUGCUUGUAUUGAUAGCGGCUAAAAUGCUGAUCUCACUAAUCAAUCUCGGAGAGGUACAUCAAAAUAAAAUGAGUAAGUAGGUACCUGAUGAUCAUGAAGAAUUAGUACCUAACCGUGACAGUGUUUAACUGUUAUAGGCCAUCGUAGUCUGUACUAGGUAGGUACUACUAUUAUACUACAUUACAUAGGCUCGUAGAUUCAACAAGAGAUAGAUAAUACAUUCUUAAGUUUAGAAUUAAGCAUGUUUUUGUCAGUGAAUUUAUGUAAACCCGUCUUGAAUCGAAGUGUAUAAUUAAUAUGGUAGGUUCAAAAUGCGACUGUUGAUGAAAGAUAAUUUCUACUACGCAGGUACAUAAAACAUUGUUUACAAAAUUUUGAUUUUAAUGCAAAGUAGUGUUGUAAAUUUAAUGAAAUAUUCUGUAGGUAUAACUGAGCUAGAAUGUGGACAAGGUAAAAUUUUUAAUUAGCGUUUUAACCCGAAAUUCUAUUUUAUUUUUGUUAAUAUGAACUUGGCUGCAGGCAGUCUAUUAAGGAUAAAAUCCAUUUACAUUUUAUAACAAACGCAUGAAGUAACUUAAGUGUAAAUACUAAAUAAAUAGAUACUUAACACUAAGCCUAUUUCAGUAUUUUAAAGUACCUUCAAAAUAAUUAAACGGCAAAAUAGACUGAUGGCUAUGACGCUAGAUAUUAAUAUGUGUAAAUUGUUAUGAGCCUUAAAAUCCUUACGUACCCAGUAAAAUAGUUUAUGUAUUCGUGUCAGUUAUAUAACUGUUAUAAGAGUGCCUUAUCUUAUUAGGUUACUAGUAUUAAUUGAAGAAGUAAUAAUUAUAAUAAGGAACAUAUUUAAGAAACGCAAGAUUUUGUGAUUUAUAUAGAUUUAGAUGAUUUAAUUAUUAAGAAUAAGUUAAAGACACAUAAAAUAUUAAAUUGUUUAUUUUAUUCAAUGAA